AUGAAACUAUUCUACGCCCUUCUGAUAUUUCUUUUGAAUAUUUCACAAUAUCAAUUUCAAUCUUUACCAUGCAGAACAAAUUGUUCAGAUGAUCAAUGUUGGCGUGAAGCAUUGACCUAUCGUUCAUCCGAAUUAGUCGAACAACUUUUUUCCUUUGGUAGUCUCACUAUACAUGUCGAUACAUUCCUACGCGAGCAUCCCGAUGAGCUGAAUGACACAAUGAAAUUCCUCGAUGAACCAUUGCAAAACUAUUUAGUAAACGAAUCAAAAGACAGCCAUCUACCUGUCGAUUUAUUCAGCGCAACGAAACAGCGUUUGAUAAAUGCCUGUCGGAAUUUGACAUUAACAGCAAUCAAAGAUAUUAGUGAACUUCCAUCAUUAGCAUGUUCAACACGCACAUGUGCCGGUGAUAUCUUAAACUAUACAGUACUUUUCAUCGUUGCCACAACGUUAGCUACUCUAAUUCUAAUCAUUUGUGUUGUACAACUUGUGAAAACACGUCGUCAAUCAUCUUCGCUCGUCACUGUUCAACGCCCGGGGCCUUUGUUAAAUCAUCUAUCUACUACUCAUGAUACGAGUCUUAAUUCUCAGUAUUAG